GCCUUUAGCUCCAAUUUUUUGUCAACAUCCUCCUCUCCCCCCAUUUUUCUACGAGAUUAGGGUUUCUCGAUCCGAUCCUCGAGCUCUUCGAUUGGCUCUACGAGACGAGAAUUAGGGUUUCGCGAUCGAGAUUGGGUCGGGGAUUGCGGGAGAAAUGUGGGGGAAUGGGGGGCGAUUCUACUGGGGGAGAGCGGAGGGAGCGGGGACGAGGGAGGUGAAGGGGAUUGUUGUGGUUUUCGCGUGGUUAUGGAGCGAGGAGAAGCAUCUGAGGCCGUAUAUUGAUCUCUAUUGGUCUCUUGGAUGGCGUUGCCUCAUUUGCCACACCGAAUUUCUCACCCUAUUCUUCCCCGAGAAGGCCACAUCACUUGCCUGCGGUGUUCUUGAUGAGCUUGCUAAGGAACUAAAGAUUAGACCAUCACCUAUUGUGCUAGCUACCUUUUCUGCUGGAUCAAAAGGAUGCAUGUACAAGUUUCUUCAGUUACUUGAUGGAAGAUGUGGAGGGUUUAAUCUGGAUGAGUAUCGACUGGUAAGAGACUCUAUUUGUGGACAAAUUUUCGAUUCCAGUCCGGUCGAUUUUACCAGUGAUGUGGGCACCCAAUUAUUCCUCCAUCCCGCUGUUCCUCUGAUGUCUCAGCAACCAAAGAUAACAUCAUGGAUGGGAAAAGCCUUUGCAUCUGGUUUGGAUACUCUCUUCUUAAACAGACUUGAAGCACAACGUGCUGAAUACUGGCAGAUUCUAUACUCAUCAAUUGGCAUAGGUCCAUUUCUUAUAUUUUGUUCAGAAGACGAUGACUUAGCCCCCUACCAAAUUGUCUCCAGUUUUACGCAACAUCUACUAGAUAAUGGUGGAGAUGUUAAACUAGUAAAUUGGAGAAAUUCACCUCAUUUAGGCCAUUACAAGGUGCAUCCUGCUGAGUAUCAAACUGCUGUAGCCGAGUUGCUGGCGAAAGCUCUCAUAACCUCUUGCCACAGAAGCCAACUGCAUAGCAAAACAACCAGCAUUAGUGGCCCCUGCUACAAGAUAUCACAAUCGGUAUGCAAUCUUCAUGAAGCAGCCGCAAGCUCGAAUGAGAGCCUAAAAAGGGUAGCAAACGGGCCCAGUGACCAUUUCUUCCUACCGAGCUCAAUGGAAUCUAAUGAAAGGAAAGAAGCAGGUCCAUCGCUCAACAAGCAACAGGGUGAAAUUUUUGAUCGACCUAGCAUUAAUCCCCAGGGUGUCCUCAGCCAAAUCCUUUUCGACGUUUGCAUUCCAAAGAGAAUUGAAGAUUGGGACAUUAAGCCUGGAAUGGCUCUGAAAGGCCGACAGACAUUUGUGACUAGCCGGAGAAACAGUUCUUUAAAUCCUAUCAGAUAUCUACGACGAUCGAGACUAUAGAAACUUUUUGGCCUUCUGGAUAUUCUGUAAAUAUGGAGUGGAAACAGGAAGAAUCGUGUUUGACAGCUGUGAGUUACUUUUAGCUUUCUAUAUGCGGUGCUAACAUCUUUCUCAAAACUGUACAUUAUGUGAUGUAAAUUUUGGACUUUUUUGGGAAUAAUAUAGCUAUUGAACAUAUUUGUGAUUGUUA